CUGCUCAUUUCACCGGAAAAUGACAAAAGCUUUAACCAAAAAAAAGGGGGCCACUGGUCCUCGACGACUAAUAACGAAACAUGAAUUGAGUCGUCAACUACUUCGUCGUCUCCUUAUCUUUAAUUUUUUUUAAGGGUCCACCGGCAAGUACCAGUUAACUUUCUUCGAAAUUUCUCUUCUCCUUCAACGCGUUUUGCUUCAUUACAUAAGCCACACGAACUCUUGCAUUCUCAAUCAUACUUUCUUUUAAAAACCAUUCCAAAAACACUUUCCUAAACUUCAAGCACAUUUUUUUCAUCUCUGUCAUGGCUUCUUCUUCUUGUUUGACUCAAAUAAGGAGAUACGAUGUCUUUCCAAGCUUCCACGGUCCAGAUGUCCGUAAAGGGAUUCUCAGUCAUUUACGCAACCACUUUCAAAGCAAAGGUAUCACGACUUUCAAUGACCAAAAGAUCGAGAGAGGCCACACGAUCGGGCCUGAGCUAGUACAAGCGAUUAGAGAAUCCAGAGUCUCGAUCGUGUUGCUCUCGAAGAAUUACGCUUCUUCAAGCUGGUGUUUAGAUGAACUGGUUGAGAUCUUCAAGUGUAAAGAAGAGCAGAAGCAGAUUGUGAUGACUAUUUUUUACCAAGUUGAUCCCUCUGAUGUUCGGAACCAGAGGGAAGACUUCGGGAGCGCUUUCGACAAGACUUGCCAAGGUAGAACAGAGGAGGUGAAGCAGAGUUGGAAGAAAGCUUUGACUGAUGUCGCAAACAUAGAAGGGGAACACUAUCGUAGCUGGGCUACUGAAACAGAGAUGAUCCAAAAGAUUGCUGCAGAUGUUUCAAACAAACUGAAUCGUACUACACCUUCAAGGGAUUUUGAGAGGAUGGUGGGGAUGGAAGCUCACUUGACAAAAUUGAACUCUUUGUUAUGCUUGGAAAGUAAUGAGGCGAAGAUGAUUGGGAUUUGCGGUCCUGCAGGGAUUGGUAAGACUACUAUUGCUGGAGCUUUAUAUGAACAACUCUCUAGCAGAUUUAUACUUAAAUAUAUGAUGGAGACCGCAAGGAAGGUUCUACGAACAUAAUGGCUGUUGAUGGCCUUGAAUCCAAGAAGUCUCUGCAACAGCACCUUCUGUCUAAGAUUUUGAACCAAGAGGAUAUGAAGAUACAAAAAUUAGACGCAAUAAAAGACCGGCUACACGAUCAAGAAGUGCUCAUCAUUCUUGACGAUGUAGAUGAUCUUGCGCAAUUAGAGGUAUUGGCUGGAGAGCUUUCUUGGUUCGGUGACGGAAGUCGGAUCAUCAUUACCACAGAAGAUAAGAAGAUUUUGAAGGCACACAAGAUUCAU